CUUGGUUACGGUCUGACUGAGGAUUUUAAUCAUUCGGAGUCACACUGAAAACAGUUCUCCCAGCAAUCCACUCCUAGUUGAUACACUAACUUUGGGCAUGUCAGCGUUUUCAUCUACCGACUGUGGCCCUUUCUGAGAUGGCAUCUGUGAUUCAGCUAUUCAAAAUUUAAUGAAGUUGGUGACUCUGUGACAAUGUGGAGAAGUCAUGUCAGAAAAUGUGGUUUGUACUGGGGCUGUCAAUUCUUUAAAGGAAGUUUGGGAGAAAAGAAUAAAGAAAUACAAUGAAGACCUGAAGCGAGAGAAGGAAUUUCAACUAAAGCUAGUGGGAAUCUGGGAAGAACGAGUGAGCUUAACCAAGCUAAGAGAAAAGGUCACCAGGGAAGACGGAAGGGUCAUUUUGAAGAUAGAAAAAGAGGAAUGGAAGACCCUUCCUUCUUCUCUAGUAAAACUAAAUCAGCUACAGGAAUGGCAACUUCAUAGAACUGGCUUGGUGAAAAUUCCUGAAUUCAUUGGAAGAUUCCAGAACCUUAUUGUGUUAGAUUUAUCUCGAAACACAAUUUCGGACAUACCUCGAGGAAUUGGACUGCUCACUAGACUUCAGGAACUGAUUCUUAGUUACAACAAUAUCAAAACUGUCCCCAAGGAACUAAGUAACUGUGCCAGCUUGGAGAAACUUGAACUUGCUGUUAACAGAGAUAUAUGUGAUCUUCCACAAGAGCUCAGCAAUUUGUUAAAGCUUACGCACCUUGAUUUGAGUAUGAACCACUUUACUACUAUCCCUCCUGCUGUGUUGAACAUGCCUGCCCUUGAGUGGCUUGAUAUGGGAAGCAACAGACUUGAACAACUUCCUGAUACUAUAGAAAGAAUGCAAAGUCUACACACAUUAUGGCUCCAACGGAAUAAAAUAACAUGCUUGCCAGAAACAAUCAGCAAUAUGAAAAAUCUGGGUACUCUUGUUCUCAGCAACAAUAAACUGAAAGAUAUUCCAGUGUACAUGGAAGAGAUGACCAAUCUAAGGUUUGUCAACUUCCGAGACAACCCACUGAAAUUGGAAGUAACACUUCCUCCCUGUGAAAGCAUAGAUGAGGAAGAGGAACGGGAAUUAUUCGGCCUUCAGUUUAUGCACACAUACAUACAGGAGUCACGGAGAGCAGGUAACCAAGUCAACUGCUCUACUACUUUACCAAACUCUAUAAAUGCUGAUGGAUAAUAUAAUUCAAGAUGUCCUGCUGAAGAGGAUUACUUUGGGAAUUUGGUGAAUUCUCUAAUGUUUGGACUUCUAAAGUAAAAAACAAAGCCAUUACCAAAGUUCAACGAGGCCACAUUUUUUAAAGUUCAUAUUAUCUGCUAUUUAAAUUAUAUUUUCAUGAAUAUAAAAAUACAAUUAAAAAAAUUUUUUUGGUGGAA